GACGUUUCUGAAAGUUGAAUGAGAUGCGGUGGUUUUGAAUUUUGAAGUUGGGAAAUUAUUUCGAUUAUUUCAUGUUAUUCCAUCACUUGGUGCUCAUCAUUCGUCAUUUUGAACUUCUGAAGUGCUCAGGAAGUGCUAAGAAUCGUAAUGAACGAUGAUAAAAUGGGUGAUUGUCCGCCAUGGGAUGGGAUUUGGGAGUUGGGACGUCUCCGGACUUUGACUUGUGCCGAUGUCGGGCGCGUCGGCCGGUCGCUGCGCUGGCCUCGGUUCGAUGGGCGGGCGGCGCCGUAUCGUCGGAGUGACGGCGGCCCAGUGGCUCCCGUGCAUUUACUGGGAAUGGUCGUGGGUGGAACGAGGACGUGGCAGGUGCAGUGUGUCGGCGCGUGCCGUGAGUCGAGGACCGCGUGGCUGGAUCUGACAGUGAAUGUGGUCUGAACUCGGCUCGCCGUACGAUCAUCCAAAACUCCUGCUGGCAAGUCAUGUCGGCUGCUGAGAAGGCUCCCACACCGGCGCCAGCCGCCAGUCACAAGAAGCCCGGCGGUAAAGGCCAGUUCCCGCCGGCGUCCUACUCGUCGGCCUUUCAGAAGCUGCAGCAGACGUUGAUACAGCUCUCGGAGGACUGCAAGAAUGUCGACUUCAGCCGCAUGUUCCAGCGGGAUGAGCGGCACCGCGAUAAGCGGCCCAGCGGCGCCGGUAUGGAGAAGCGGGGCAGCGCAGCGGGCGGCGGCGCGGCUCCGGCAGGGAAGCGGCCGAGCGCGGGCGGCGGCGGCGGGCCGGUCGCCGGCGGACCGCCGCCUCACCCUCUCACCUGCCUCGGAGGGAUCCAGAGGCUCGCCUGGCAGUCGCUGGAGCUGGCCGGACCCGUCACAGACAUCGUACGCAUGCAGCAGGCCAACUGGUUCCAGCUGUCAGGUCACCCGGGCACCCUGGCGCUGGCCGGACCGGGCACCCUCUGGAAGAAGGUCUGUGUGGCGGACAGCGCCGAGUGCCUGGCCUACCAGUCCAUGAUGAACGACCCGCACGCCCGGCAGCUGGUGCCAAAGUUCUACAGCCAAGUCUGCCACAACGGCGAAUACUUUAUCGAGAUGGAGGACCUGCUGUACCGUUUCGAAGACCCGUGCGUGAUGGACAUCAAGAUGGGCACCCGUACGUUCCUGGAGUCGGAGGUGAAGAACUCGACUCCGCGCGCCGACCUUUACAAAAAGAUGGUGGCGAUCGACCCGAAAGCGCCGCUACCUGAAGAGCACGAGGCGGGCGCUAUCUCCAAGGUGCGCUACAUGACCUACCGAGAAGGGCAGAGCAGCAGCAGCCAGCUCGGGUUCCGCAUCGAGGGACUCAAGAUGCGCGGCAGCGACCCGAUCCGGGACCUGAAGCGGAUCCGCGCGUGGGAGGAGGUGCUGUACACCAUCUCCGUGUACCUGGGCUCGGCAGAUGUGGCGCGUCAGAUGCUCGCCCACCUGACCAACAUCAGGGACAAGUUCGAGGCCAGCGCCUUCUUCCGGAGACAUGAGGUGAUCGGAAGCAGCAUCUUCCUCGUGUACGACCGGCGGCGAUCGGGUGCCUGGAUGAUCGACUUUGCCAAGACGAGCCGACUGCCGGACGGCCAGACCGUCGACCACCGCUCUCCGUGGCAGCUCGGCAACCGCGAGGAGGGCUAUCUCACCGGGCUCGAUAACCUCUGCAAGGUCGUGCAGCAGGUGGAGCGAAGACUGAGUGGUUCCAGCCACCAGCCGCGGCCCGGCUCCACCACCUGAGCGGCCCCGGCCGUCCCUCCCGCUCUGCACACACCUCGCGCCGCCAGCGCCGGCCACCAGGAACCUCGCCACCUCGCGCGCCGGGAGUUACCCGGCCUCUCGAGCUGACUGAGCGCUCAGUUUGAGUCUCGAGCCGAGAGCUCACCUUGUUGCGACCUGGACGGUCGAUCUUUGAGCCGUCUCGGGCCGGGAGCGUAUCCCGCGGUUUUGAAACUUGGAGAUCAGCCCGCUGGAGCCACCAGUUCGUCUGAGACGCGGCACUUUGGCCGCGCCGUACCGCCAGCAGCCCCGAGUUACCGAGCGGGCGCCGCUACCGCCUUUAACGGCAGACGCCAGCGCCACUGCGCGGCGAGCGCCUGUACCUUCUGUUGUCACUUGUUACUUGCGUCCGCCGGGGGUCGAUGAGAGCAUUGGGACCGGUCGGACCUCGGACUCCUGUGUUGGAAUCCGCCGGAGCCGGUGGAUUGGAUUGGAAUCGCCCGGAUCGCGAGAUCGCUAAGGAUCGCUAAGGAUCGUUAUAGAUCGCUGCGGAUCGCGGGCGAGGGAGAGCGAUCCUACUGGUGACGUUCUGACGUGGACGGCUUCCACCUCCGGGAAAAACAGACAGUUGGGACCAGAUGUAUAUGUUUUAUUUUUCUGUGACGAUCAUGACAGCGCUCCCAGAGGGCGUGUGAGCGAUACCUGUUAGUGUGAACACGUUGUACUCGUAUGUAUGUAUGUAUGUGUGUAUUGUGAGUGACUGUUCGGCGACUUUGUGUACAAUAAUAAACAAGCGAAGAA